AUGCAACUUUCGUUUCAGGCUGCUGUCGAGAUCAAUCACUGGCAGAGACACAGGUUCACGAAUAGUGGCUCCAACCAACUCCUCCUUCUCAUCACGUCGUACCAUAGUCUCCUAGUUCUUUGGCUUCAAGUUGUUGAGGCUAAAAAUCGUACUUCAGUUCCAACGAUUAGAUUCAGGGGCUCGCUUCGCCGAAGCGAGAUCCAUGCUCACUUAGCUACCAACCUACCCGACGAUGGAGAAGAUGCUGUCCGUCCGAUCACAGAGUAUCUCGAGAAUACCAAUCGCGUCAUAAUUUAUCAAACGACACGACAUCAUCUUUCGGAAUCGGGGCCGACGAAACCAGCUUCGUUUACCGUCUCAACGUACACAAUCAGCAUCCGUCUGAUAUUAGCAACCAAUCAACUACAACAUCCUGAUCGCGGAGGCAAACCUCGUACUCGCAAUACCUUGCCGGGCUCUGACCCCAACCGCGGCCGUGCUCGCACCCCUUCGCCUUCCCCUCCUCCUCCUCCACCUCCUAUUGUGAGAGGUCGCACCGGCCGGGACAAGGAGAGAGAGAAUAGAAACCAACGCCGCCACCGGGCACUCGAAAAGCUGCGAGUGACCGACGAGUACAAGGCGGCUGACGACAAGAAGAAGAAAGAGCUGGAGGAAUUGGAGAAGUCGUGUGCUGACUUGGAUCACGCACUGGCAAAGGGAAACAGGACGAGAGAGAGAAACGCUGCCGCCGCUGCUGCCGCUGCUGGGGAGGAGAACGACGACGAGGAAGAUGACGGAGAAGAUGACGAAGAAUGA